AUGAAGCUUCCAGCAUCAGGAGGUGGUGGUUAUGGUAUCAGUCAAAGCCAGAUAUGGCCGUUCCCAGUUUCGGGUGGCGGAGUGAAAGGCUACGGCCAAACAGUGAAGCUCCCAGCUUCUGGAGGUGGUGGCUUUGGUGUCGGUCAAAGCCAGACAUGGCAGUUCCCAGCUUCGGGUGGUGGCGUGAAAGGUUACACUCAAACAGUGAAGCUCCCAGCGACGGGAGGUGGUGGUGGUUAUGGUAUCGGUCAAAGCCAGACAUGGCAGUUCCCAGUUUCUGGUGGCGGAGUGAAAGGCUACGGUCAAACACUGAAGCUCCCAGCCUCUGGAGGUGGUGGGUUUGGUGUCGGUCAAAGCCAGACAUGGCAGUUUCCAGCUUCGGGUGGUGGCGUGAAAGGUUACACUCAAACAGUGAAGCUCCCAGCGUCAGGAGGUGGUGGUUAUGGUAUCGGUCAAAGUCAGACGUGGCAGUUCCCAGUUUUUGGUGGUGGAGUGAAAGGCUACGGUCAAACACUGAAGCUCCCAGCCUCUGGAGGUGGUGGCUUUGGUGUCGGUCAAAGCCAGACAUGGCAGUUUCCAGCUUUGGGUGGUGGCGUGAAAGGUUACACUCAAACAGUGAAGCUCCCAGCGUCAGGAGGUGGUGGUUAUGGUAUCGGUCAAAAACUUAAGUUAACAACGUUCGGAGCUAUAGGUCAUGAGAACGGCUACGGCCAAUUAUUGCAGGUGCCGUCGCUAAGUAUCACUGCACAAACUCCGUCUUACGGGCCCGCGCUGAAGCUCCCUGCGUCUGGAACUAACUGGUUAGAUUACGGCCAGACGUUGCAGGUGCCGACAUUGCCAGGCUUACCUGGUCAGCAUGAAAUAAGUUUAACUGCCCCACUAUCAGCCGGGGUCUCAACCACAUAUAAGAAAGAAGUACCGCUGAACUAUAAGUGA